CAAAGGAUAUAUAAAAACAGAAUAUGGGAUGAGAAACAUCUGACUGACGCUUUAAUUAGCGAUACUAAUAGUUAGGUUACAAAGAAAUAGAGAGAGAGAGGGAGAGAAAACGGGAGGAGACGUGGUGGUGAGAAGUUUGUGCAAAGAAAAAAAUGGCAACAACGACUUCUUCUUCCAUUGCCUUCUUUCUCCUAUAAAACACACAAAACAUUCAUCAUCCCUUCACUUUGUCUUUCAAAUCAAGAAUGGCCGGCAUCAAAGUUCACGGAGUUCCCAUAUCCACGACCACAAUGCGCGUUCUCGCUACUCUUUACGAGAAGGGUCUCGAUUUCGAGUUAGUCCCCGUCGACAUGAAAGGCGGUGCUCACAAGCAGGAGCCUCUCAUUUCUCUCAACCCCUUCGGUCAAAUCCCUGCUCUCCUAGACGGUGAUUUGACGCUUUUCGAGUCAAGAGCCAUCACAGAGUACAUAGCAGAGGAGUACAGCGACAAAGGCGAGAAGCUUCUCUGCCAAGGCUGCAAGAAACUGAAGGCCAUCACAAAGGUGUGGCUUCAAGUUGAAGGUCAACAGUUUGACCCUAUCGCCUCUAAGUUAGCCUACGAGCGUGUCUUCAAAGGCAUGCUUGGCAUGACCACUGAUCCAGCCGCUGCGGAAGAGCUCGAAGCUAAGUUGGUCAAGGUCUUGGAUAUCUACGAGGCCAGGCUCUCCAAAUCCCCCUUCUUGGCUGGUGAUUGCUUCACUCUGGCUGAUCUCCACCACCUCCCAAUCAUCUAUUACUUGAUGGGCACCGAAUCCAAGAAGCUCUUUGAGUCUCGCCCUAAGGUUAGCGAGUGGAUCAAGAAGAUAACUGCAAGGCCUGCUUGGGUUAAGGUUCUUAACCUCCAGAAGAAGUGACAUGGUGCCUUUCUUACAUCUCUGAGAUAUUUUCCUGUGGUUUGACAUAAAUGAUUUGUUCCUUGUUGCUUAAUUAUCAUUAUUAUUAGGUUAUGUACCUCUUACUCUCUUUUUUUUUUUUUUUUUUUUUGUGUUAUGUGUUUGUUGUGCAAUAAAAACAACGGAGAUCAUGUAGC